AUGCCUCCUCCAAUCGACCCGGAAACCAUCUACACCAAACAGACCUGCAUUGGAGGUGGAAGCUUCGGCAAAGUCUACAAAGGUGUGGAUCGACGAACCGGAGAAUCUGUGGCCAUCAAAAUCAUCGAUGUCGAAAACGCUGAGGAUGAUGUGGACGACAUUAUCAAGGAGAUUGCGAUUCUGUCGGAGUUGAAGUCGCUCUAUGUGACCAAGUACCAUGGCUCCUAUUUGAAAGGUUCUUACUUGUGGAUCAUCAUGGAGUUCUGCUCAGGUGGGAGCUGCCAAGGUUUGCUGCGCUCUGGAACGAUCAGCGAAGAAUACAUCGCCAUCAUCCUGCGAGAACUUCUACGAGGACUGGACUACCUCCAUGGCGAUCAGAAGCUGCACCGAGAUAUCAAAGCUGCGAACAUCCUGUUGAGCGCUAGCGGCCAGGUCAAAUUGGCUGACUUCGGAGUCUCGGGACAAUUGUCGGCGACCAUGACCAAAAAGAACACAUUCGUCGGGACUCCGUUUUGGAUGGCACCAGAAGUCAUUAAGCAAUCGGGUUAUGACUACAAGGCGGAUAUCUGGUCUCUGGGCAUCUCAGCGAUCGAAUUGGCAUGUGGAGACCCGCCAUAUGCUGACAUCCAUCCGAUGAAGGUGUUGUUCUUGAUUCCCAAGAACCCCCCUCCCACGCUGCAAGGCAAUUUCAGCAAGCCUUUCAAGCAAUUCGUGGAUAUGUGCUUGCGCCGAGACCCCAAGGAACGACCGUCGGCCAAGGAGUUGCUGGAGCACCCGUUUAUCAAACGCGCCAAAAGAACAACCUACCUGACUGAGUUAAUUGAACGCGCAGAGCGUUGGCAAGCUACCCACCACGGCCAAGACGAUGACCAGGAUGGGUAUGAAGAAUGGGAUGAGGACCAGCCUUCCAACGACAGGUCCGAGGAAGAGGAAGACCUGUGGGACUUUGGUACGGUUCGCCCUGCAGGACGAGCGCCCGCUCCCGCAUUGAAGCCGUUGAAUGCCUCGGGUACCAAUUCUCGAAGCAACGAGACCGACGAAUGGGAUCUGCGCGAUGAAAGCUCCAAGCAAGCUCCAGCUCCCCAUCAGCAGGUACCAAAUCAGACAAUGAUUCCAAACCCUGCCCUCAGCAAUUCUGCUUCUAAAACCCUUCUCCCGUCAUCGGUGCCAUCUUCGUCGAUGAAACAAACUCCUGCACAGGCCUUGCCUUUUCCUUCACGCAAUGCCCCACCUGCAACGACCGCCAAACCACUUCCGGAGAAACCGCCUUCCAUGGGACAGAAUGAACGAUAUGCACAAGCAGUGAUGGACUAUGCGGAAGGGCUUGGGACGGACUCAGCAUCUCCUUCGCCGGUCGACACCACAGCCAGCAAGGCUGUUCUAUCCAGUGAUCCGAAAUCCACGAGUUCAAACACUGCCGAACAUUCUCCCGCCUCAGGUGGCCCAGUCUCGAGAAAGCCAGCGCCACCGCAGCAUAUCACCCCCGGCAACAACUCUGCCCAAGUAUACCCCCGCCAAUUGUCUCACGCAAGUGCCUUCAAGCAGCCAGAGGCAUCGUCCCAGGCGAAGCAGCACACUGGGCUCAAGUCCAAGCGCGCCCCAACACCUCAUGGAGAGCGCGUCAACCACUACCACCCACCAGCACCUAGUCGGCCCAAUCCAAACGAUUCGGGAAAGGCUCUUACUGAAAAAGAGCGAACCACCGCCUGCGGCUCCGUCAUCCUCCCCGCGCUGCGUGCUGCGAUGAACCGACGUGCCCGUCACCUGGCCCGCCUCGAACCAGGCCGGAACCCCAGCCGCGGACGGCCAACCCGUGAAGACGAAAUGGAGUGGCAGCGCAGCGUGCGCAUUCAUCGUGGCAUGGAGCAAAUCACUGAAGAACUCACCAAGUCCUUUAUUAACCUUCACCGCUGGGACAUGGAGAACCCCAUGGAUAUGGAUGGAGGCGUCAAUGCUGUUCUAGAUGCCUUCCUCGAAGAGGUUCUGGUGCGAGUUCAGCCUUCUCCUGCGCCCAACUAG